AUGUGGUCAAUUGUUAAUUUUACUAAUGAUAAUUCAGUUAGUGCAGUACCAAGUCAUUGGUGGAAAAACGGAUAUUGUGCAUGGCCUAAAAGUUAUACCAAAAAUGCAUCCUUGUUACUCCAAAGAAGAGCUAUUCCAAAUAAAUUUGAUUAUGAUUUUUUUAAAGCGAGAAAAAUCCACACUAAAAAUCCUAUUAAAACAUAUUCAGAGGCUAAAGAAAGAGCAAGAAAAGCACAAUUUACCUCAGACUUAUCUUCAGCCGAAGAAAAUUAUUCUAAUAGCCGUUUUAAUAAACUUAACAUAAAAAAACCUAGUAGUCCUCCAGUUUUCUCAGAUAAUGAUGAUGAAAGUGUAAAUAACAGUCUUUCUAGUAGCCAGUCAAAUGCUUUUCAGAAUAAAAUAAACAAAUCAAUCAAAAUUAGUAGUCAGAUUUUGUCAGAUAAUGAAUAUCAGGAAAAUAUAUUUGAAAAUAUAAAUAACAGCCAGUCUAAAAGUCAGCCUCGUAUAAUUGAUAAUGAAAGAAAUAAAACUACCAAAUCGUGUCGUCAAAUUUUGACAGAUAAUAUUGAUGAACUCAUAGAUGAUCAAGAUGACAGUGAUAUUGAUAAGUCAUAUGAGCCUCCUAAUCGUAUUAAUGAAAUGAAUGAUAAUUUUGAUAUUAUCAAAAGUCCAGUUGGUUUAUGGAAAGUAUCUUCAGUUUCAGCUAAUGUAACUGUUAGUGAGUCUCAAAUUUUAAAUGACAACCAAAACAAGGAACAAGCAUUCAAAGACAAAACUCCUGAGACUAUAAAUAAAGUUAGAAAAAGGCUUUUUAUGUCUGAUGGUUGUAUAGAAACAAAAAAACUAAAUUCUCAACAUGUAACCUCAAGGUUUGAAGAAUAUGUAAAAACAUCAUUUACUAACUUAAAAUAUGAUAUUAAACAUUUAUCUUAUGUAUCCGAAUCUGUUCAAAAAAUGCUGGAAAAUAUUAAUAAUAUCCUAGAACAAGGUGUGACACGUAACACAAAUAUGAUUGCUACAAAUGUAUUAAACAAUGAAAACAUCCCUAUAUCUAAUGAAGAAACUCUACAGAAUUUUGAAAUAUUACUCGAGUCUUCUACGCAUAGGGAUAAAGUUGUUUCUGAAUUAUCACUGUCUGCUGCAAAAACUAUUCCUGAAACAAUCGGAAGAAUUAUGCAAAAAUUAUUUCAGGAUAACUGGUUGCGUAACUACUCAUACAUCGGGUUUAAAGGCAAAAAUAAAUUUUCAUCUCUACACUCUUGCAAAAUAAUUUUUGAAGCUGUACGACGUUGUUCAAAGUUUGAAAACACUCCUGAAAUAGAAAUAUCACUUGCCAUAAGCAAAUGGAUGGCUCAAGCCAAUAAUCGCAUUAUUAAAAAAAAUAAAGAU